AUGAGUGAAGUUGAACAAGAAGAAAGAGAUGAACAAAAGGAAUUCGAAACAGGUCCAUUGUCGAUUUUAAUGGAUAGUGUCAAUAAGAAUACACAAGUUCUCAUCAAUGUUAGAAAUAAUAAGAAGUUAUUGGGUACUGUUAGAGCAUUCGAUCGUCAUUGUAAUAUGGUUUUAGAAAAUGUUAAGGAAAUGUGGACAGAGAUACCAAAGACAGGUAAAGGAAAAAAGAAAGCAAAGCCAGUUAAUAAAGAUAGAUUCAUUAGUAAGAUAUUGAUAUUAAGUAACUUAAAAGAUAUAAGCUAUCAGUUUGGUGCAACCUACAGAUGGAAACACUUAAUAAGUACACCUCGUAUAAUGGUUGGAAAUGGGUACUUUGAUAUGCUAAAGGAGUACCUUGCCAAUAACGAGUCAUUGGAUGAGCAAGAAAGAUGGACAUGUGUUGACUUUGCUAUUCAGAUUGGUCGGUUCGAUAUUUUUGAGUAUCUUUUUGAUCUGUUCAAUUUACGCACCUUUCUUUCGGAUGGCAACGAUGAUUUCUUCUAUGAUGAUGACAUAUUCGAUAUGUUUCUCAUCACAGCGGUCAAGAAUAACCGAAUGGCAAUAGUUAAAUACCUCUUUGACAACAUCAACUACAGAUGGCACUACUAUAGAGCAUUUAUCAACUCGCCACUUUCAUCGAGUUUGGAGAUGGUCGUGUACUUUUCGAAGCUGGUCGAUGAGAAUUAUAAUGCCACCAGCUUCAAGAAUAUCUUUGAACCGUGUUCCGAAGUGUUUGACUCGGCUGCAUCAGUUGGGAGCAUAGAGAUUAUCGAAUGGCUGAUUGAAAACAGACCACGCGACAGGGAGGACAACAAAAUGUUUCAUUGCGCAGCCAAGGGAAAUCAUGCCAAUGUCGUUCGGUAUCUCAUGGACGAACAACCAGACUUUAAGAGUGACCGUCCUCGCUGUGGCAUAACCUGUAUUGAUGGAGCGGCAGAAAACAACAACUUUGAGCUAAUGAAGCUUUUCCAUCUCUAUGACUUUCCAGAGCCACGAUCCUCAUUGCAUUCAGCGGUUAGAAACGAUAAUCUCAAAAUGGUGAAAUGGCUCAUUUCCAACUAUCCUGAUAUUCCUCAGGACUUUGAUGCUAUUGACAUUGCAGCGACCAACGCCAAUUUGGAGAUGAUACAGUGGUUGACGGAGAACACUACUGCCACUGCUCACUAUGCAUUGGAUGAAGCUGCACGCAAAGGAAAUAUAGAGAUAUUGGAAUACUUGACAAUCCAUAGAACAGAGGACUAUACCACUGAUGCAAUGGAUGCCGCCGCCAGAUUUGGGCACUUGGAGGCGGUAAAAUGGCUCAAUCACAAUAGAACAGAGGGUUGUUCGGAGUACGCAAUGGAUGAGGCAACAAUUGGUGGUCAUUUCGAUCUUGUUGUUUGGUUGAGUGAGAAUAGAGGUGAAGGUUGCACACAUAGGGCAUUAGAUAACUCGGCAAUGUUUGGACAUUACAAGCUCGUAAAGUGGCUCAGCGAAAACAGAACAGAGGGAUGCUCUCACAAUGCAAUCGAGUCAGAUCAUUUAGAAAUAGUUUCAUAUUUACUUCGCAACAGACCAGAGUUUGGCGGUGACUAUGUUAUCAAGAAGAAAACCAUUCUCAAAUUGAUUCAAGAAGAUCUUCAUGAAACAAUCGAUUGGAUAUUGAAUAAGCAAAGCUUUGCAUAUUAUAAACUCAUCAAAUAUCAAAGUAUCAUCGAAGAAGACUAUCCAUCAUCACUCAAAACACUGGCUAUAUUAAAUCUACGCAUCAAACAAAAGAAAAAUGAAAAGAGAGCAAAAGAGAAACCUACAUCGAAAAGAGCAGUUAAAGAUAAAGAUGUUGCUGAAACAACUGCUCAACAUUGUUCAUGUAGCUGUAUUUGUAGAUGCUCAUGUCAAUGUGAAAAUCAUAGAAAUCAAAGAGUUUAUAUAGAAAAACAACAAGAUGAUAAUGAACUAUUAAUUCAUAAAAAACAAAAAUUAUAA